GAAAACUCUCCAAAACCCUUCCUUUCUUCUUCUCUCAGCUCCAUCGAUCCACCGUCAUUGCCUCCAUGGCCGCCACCAUGAGAAGAGCUCGCACCCUCCUCCUCGCCUCCCGUUGCCUCCUCCCCUCCUCCACUGCCUCAGAUCAUCGUCUCCUCCGCGCUGCUCCCCAACGCCUCCACCCCUUGCCAGCUCCAUCUGAUUUGAUUGCUUCCAAGCCGGUUUCUUUGGGCCUCGCUGGAGCUUUAUCUUUCUCUUUGACUCUGAUGACGAGGGCGGAGGCCAAGGAGCCGCCGGCCGCCGAGUUGGUUCCGAAGGAUGUUGUGCUGUACCAGUACGAGGCUUGCCCCUUCUGCAACAAGGUUAAAGCUUUUUUGGACUACCAUGACAUCCCAUACAAAGUAGUUGAAGUGAACCCUUUUGGUAAGAAGGAAAUCAAGUGGUCGGAAUAUAAAAAGGUUCCUAUUCUGGUUGUUGAUGGCGAACAGCUGGUUGAGUCAUCAGAUAUUAUUGAUAACCUAAACUGCAAGAUCUAUCCUGACUAUCGGAAUGCUGAUGAGGAAGAGACAAAGUGGCGGAGGUGGGUUGAUGAUCACCUCGUUCAUAUUUUAUCACCAAACAUAUAUAGGACUCCUUCAGAGGCUUUGGAGGCUUUUGACUAUAUAGCUUCUCAUGGCAACUUUUCCUUUGCACAAAGGCUGACAGCAAAAUACGCCGGAGCUGCGGUGAUGUAUUGGGUUUCCAAGAGGUUAAAGGACAAGCAUAAAAUAACUGACGAACGUGCUGCUUUAUAUGAAGCCGCAGAAACAUGGACGAAAGCACUCAAUGGAAGAGAUUUUCUUGGUGGUUCCAAACCUAAUUUAGCAGAUCUUGCCGUCUUUGGUGUCUUAAGACCAAUUAGAUACCUAACGGCCGGUAAGGACAUGGUGGAGAAGACCCGAAUCGGGGACUGGUACCAAAGGAUGGAAAAUGCUGUUGGAGAUUCUGCAAGAAUCAGUGCUUAACAGAUAAAAGCUGUUCUUUUUUUUCUCCGCACACACUCAUUUUUAUUCUGCUAUAUACAUGGCAUAUUGAGCUUUCUCAUCGGUAUGACACUUUCAAGCAUCGAAUUUUGCUAGCUUUUCAAGUUAAAUUAACCUAAGGUUCAAUUGAGUUUCAAAUCUCAUAUGGUAGCAGUGACUUUCGCCAGCCGGGUCAUUGAUCAAGAAUUUGUUCUUUAUAGGAUAUAUGUUUCUUUUUUCUUUGUUUAAUUUUUUAUGAAUUAAAGUUUGGAAGCUCAUGAAUUACACAUUACUGAGACCAGGGUCAUCUUCAAGCCUAGCCUUAGGUUUUGUGGAUUGGUCCAUUUUGUGAUUGUUCCUCAAAACUGAAAACAAUUGCUGCAGCAUAUUCCAUUCUGUGUAUGACACUAUUAUAUUUAAUUCUUUUUGAAC